CGAGUAACUGAAAGUACAACCAAGAAAGCAUGGAUCAGGAAACAUAUUCAAUAGACUUCAGAAAAGUUUCUGCAGUGUAUCAGCACAGUCAUCAUCAAACUCCAGGAUGCAGCAUCAAGCUAAGAUGUCAAGGAAUUCAGAUACAAUGAGGAAAAUCCCACCUGGGAUUUUGCUUAUCAGAAGUAUUAGAGGUAAAGAUUGGAGCCUAAAAUCAUUUAGAUACAUGGUUUUGUUGAUUACCUUCAUAGCAUAUGCUAGUUAUCAUGCCUCUAGGAAGCCUAGUAGCAUAGUUAAGAGCGUUUUGGAUCCUGACCCCAUGAAAGCUUCUGAGCGAAACCCUUGGCCUGUUGGAAAUGUCUUCAUCAAGGAAGAUUUUGUGAGUUUUGAUAGAAAUAGAACGAAAAACAAGGGUUGGUAUCCUUUUAAUGGAAUUGAUGGUACAUGGAAAUUGGGUGAAAUUGAUGUUGCUUUUCUGGCUUGUUACUCUUUGGGAAUGUAUGUUUCGGGGCAUUUAGGUGAUACUUUAGAUCUUAGGUUGUUCUUGACAGCUGGGAUGAUUGCGAGUGGUAUUUUUGUGGGGCUGUUUGGGAUGGGAUACUUUUGGAACAUUCAUGCCUUUUCGUUUUACCUUGCGAUGCAAAUGGUUGCUGGGUUAUUUGAAGCUACUGGUUGGCCUUCGGUUGUCGCUGUGAUGGGAAAUUGGUUUGGGAAAAGGAAGAGGGGUUUGAUAAUGGGUGUUUGGAAUGCGCAUACUUCAGUUGGGAAUAUUAGUGGAUCUCUUCUUGCUGCUGCUGUUUUAGACAGUGGUUGGGGAUGGUCUUUUAUUGUCCCAGGAGCAUUAAUUGCUUCAUCAGGGGUACUAGUUUAUUUGUUCCUGCCUGCUUAUCCAGAGGAUAUUGGUUUUGAUGGUGCAAAUGCUUCAUCAGCGAAGCUGGAUUUGAUGCCUUAUGAUGAGGAGGCUCAAAUUCAAAAGGGAACUACAGUGGAUUUAGAAAAAAAUUAUAGUCUCCAACAAGGGUCAGGAAGCAGGAAAGGUAUUGGACUUUUUGAAGCCUGUUCGAUACCAGGGGUGAUUUCAUAUGCAUUAUGCCUCUUCUUCUCAAAGCUCGUGGCCUACACAUUUUUAUAUUGGUUACCGUUUUAUUUGAGUCAGACAGAAAUUGGUGGGGAGUAUGUGUCUGUGAAAUCUGCUGGAAAUCUUUCUACGUUGUUUGAUGUAGGGGGUAUGUUUGGAGGGAUCCUUGCUGGCUACAUAUCUGAUAAACUUAAUGCCCGGGCUACUACAGCAGCCAGCUUCAUGUCUGCUGCAAUACCUUCCAUGCUCUUGUACCGCGCAUAUGGAAAUAUAUCACGUACCAUCAACAUUUUACUUAUGAUGAUUGCUGGCUUGUUUGUAAAUGGGCCAUACGCGCUUAUCACAACUGCAGUUUCUGCAGACCUUGGUACACACAGUUCUCUCAGAGGGGAUUCUCGGGCAUUGGCAACAGUGACUGCCAUAAUUGAUGGCACUGGAUCAGUUGGUGCUGCUCUUGGCCCUCUUCUCACUGGGUUUCUCUCGACAAAGGGAUGGGAUGCUGUUUUCAUAAUGCUAAUGGUUGGAGCACUUAUUGCAACACUUCUUUUAUCACGUUUGGUCAUAGCUGAAAUUAGUGAGAAAAAUCAAAAACCAACUCCAUCAUCCCAUAGACAGGAAACUUUUGAAGCUACAGGAUCCCAACCCCUUCUAAGCAAUCAGAGGUGAUAAUCAGGUAUGGUGUCAAGGAGCUAUAAAAAUUUGGAUUUCAGAACACAUACUAGAGAUAGAAGAGCUAAAAAUAAUAGUCUGAGUUGACAGACACGAAGCAUAAGUAUUUGCCAAAUUAUGAUGGCAAUGACUGAGCUUUCCACCAGCUAGCCUGAUUUUUGUAUUAUAUUCACACUGAUAGCAAUAUGUAAAAUUAGUUUGAUUUAUCCGUCUCUCGUUUCAGUUGAUUCUCCCAGGAAUAAUCUCCCUUCUCCCUCUGUUUACUUGAUUGAAUAAUAAGUAAAUUGAGGAAUCGGGUUAAGUUUUGCCAUCGCCUGUUUCUAUGGAUGGAGCUCAUUCUUCUCACUCUCAUCCAACCUUUGACAAUUAAAAAUUAUCCAACUUGGACGCAUCAAUUUUGCUGUCACCCACCAGUUAAAUUUUUGUAGUAAAUAUUUGAUAAAUAUGUGAAUGUUUAUUCGGUUUAUUAGGCUCUCAUGUCAGUUGAUUUUCCAAGGAACUAGGUGCUUCCACUCGUCCCCUCUCCAAGUUGAAUAAGAAGUAAAUUUAGAAACCAGGUUGACUUGUGUUAACGAGUGACGACGACUCUUUCUGAAGCUGAAGAUUGUUUUAAAGGUUGCUGUCCUAAUUGAAAACCAUCUACCUUGGUGGCAUUGAUGCUGUUAGGUUUCUGCUAAGCCUAAUUUAGCAUUAUUGUUGGUUUUCGGGUUUGAGGUGAAGGGUUAGUCGAUCAUUUCAACAGCAAUAUCAGGUGCUGGAGUUUCUCUGUUUUAACACAUAUAUGCUGUUAUUUUCUUUGUCAU